GAGGUGGCGAAAAAGAAGUUCAACUACACCUACCCCGAGUCGGUGGUGAACACGUUCAUCGCCUCGUUCCACGAGGCAGUGAUACUAUACGCCUACGCCCUGAACGACACGCUGGAGGCAGGCUACAGCAUUAGCAACGGGUCUGCAGUCACCCAUGCCAUGUGGAACCGCACUUUCCAAGGGAUCACUGGUCUUGUCUCCAUCGACAGCAACGGAGAUCGAAAGGCCGACUACUCUCUUCUUGACAUGAACCCGAAGACGGGCAUUUUCGAGGUGGUGGCCAACUAUUACGGCGUGAAGCACCAGUUCGUGAUGGAGGAGAACAAGACCAUCCACUGGUCUGGCGGCCGGAUGGCACCGCCGCCUGACACGCCGCCUUGCGGCUUCGACGGCUCCCUCUGCCCAGACACAGCGUUUCCAAAAUAUGCUAUCGUCAGCAUAGUGCUGAGCGGGGCGAUGCUGAUCAUGCUGAUUGCGUCACUCUUCAUGUACCGGGUACCGUUGUUGCGAUCAAGAUGCUGUCAGGCAGAAAGAUUGACAUCAAUAGAGCCCUCCUGAUGGAGCUGAAAAGGAUGAAGGACCUUCAUCACGACCACCUGGUCCGCUUCAUCGGCAUGAGCGCCGAGCCCCCGCAUCAGGCGCUCUUCACCGAGUACUGCCCCAAGGGAAGCCUGCAGGACAUCCUGGAGAACGACGAGAUCAAGCUGGACUGGAUGUUCCGCUACAGCCUGAUGCACGACAUUGUCAAGGGGAUGGCGUAUCUCCACAGCAGUGAGAUUCGAAGUCACGGCAAGCUCAAGUCUUCAAAUUGCGUUGUGGACAGCCGUUUUGUGCUCAAAAUUACCGACUUUGGUUUACAAACACUGGAUUCAGACGACGAAAACCAGAAUCUGGACUCCUACGUAUACUGGAGACGUCGGCUUUGGACGUCACCGGAGCUGCUCAGGGCCCCCCAGCCACCGCCGGCGGGCACUCAAAAGGGCGACGUCUACUCCUUCGCGAUCAUCGUGCAGGAGAUCAUCAUGAGAAAAGGCUCAUUUUUCGUCCACAAUGAAGACCUUUCACCAAAGGAGAUUGUCGAAAACGUGCGGAACGGCCAGAAGCCGCCGUUCCGUCCGGCCACGGAGGAGGACGUGGCCGAUGAGGAGGUGCUGCAGAUGAUGCGCCGCUGCUGGUCCGAGGACCCCGUGGACCGGCCCGACUUCCAGGCGCUCAAGGGCAUCAUCCGCCGGCUGAACAAGGACAAUGAGAGCGGUAAUAUACUGGACAAUCUCCUGUCCCGGAUGGAGCAGUACGCCAACAACCUCGAGGCUCUCGUCGAAGAACGAACGGCCGACUACUUAGAUGAAAAGCGCAAAUGUGAAGAACUCCUGUACCAGCUCCUUCCGAAGUCGGUGGCCAGUCAGCUGAUUGCCGGCAAGUCAGUGGUGGCUGAGCACUACGACAGCGUGACCAUCUACUUCAGCGACAUCGUCGGCUUCACCGCCAUCUCAGCCGAGUCCACGCCCAUGCAGGUGGUGGAUCUCCUCAACGAUCUGUACACUUGCUUCGACUCGAUCAUAGAGAGCUUUGACGUCUACAAGGUGGAGACUAUCGGCGACGCAUACAGGUGGUCUCCGGCCCUGCCGAUGCGGAACGGCGCCAAGCACGCUGGAGAGAUAGCCGGCAUGUCGCUGAAGUUGCUGGAGGCGGUUCAGAGCUUCCAGAUCCGCCACCGGCCCGGGCAGCAGCUCAAGCUGCGUAUCGGCUUGCACACGGGCCCGGUGGUGGCCGGCGUGGUCGGCCUGAAGAUGCCCCGCUACUGUCUCUUCGGCGACACCGUCAACACCUCCUCUCGGAUGGAAAGUUAUGGUCUUCCGCUGCGGAUACACGUGAGCUCCACUACGAAGGAGGUAUUGGACACGCUGGGUGCUUUCCAGCUGGACCUGAGGGGGGAGGUGGAGAUGAAGGGCAAGGGCAAGAUGGUGACCUACUGGCUGCGGCACAAAAAGACCGAUCUGAUAGACAUUGAGGGGUCGACCUGCGCGAGACUAAGUAUGACUCUGGCGUCAUACUGA